CGGUUCUUUUCCAGUUUCCAUCAAAUUGAUUGUUCUCGGCAAACCCUACUUUCGACGAAUCGCAUACAGUUUCUUCUUCGGGUAUGUUUCUUUCGUCCUUUUUUUUAUUCUUGUUCUUCCCAAUUCAAGUUUCUAGGGUUCUGGGUUUUGUUUUUCCUUGAUCUGGCAGACGGUUGAAUUUGAUCAUCGAUCGUGUUUAUAAUUUCAAAGUUAUGAUCUUUGCGUGCUUGAAAUUUGCAGAGUCCGAUCGAAUCGCCAUGGCUAAGAGUUCCUUCAAGCUUUCUAAUCCGCUGGAGGCAAGGAUGGGUGAAGCUUCUCGAAUCAGAGAGAAGUACCCUGACAGAAUCCCCGUGAUUGUGGAAAAGGCUGGACAAAGUGAUGUCCCUGACAUUGACAAGAAGAAGUAUCUUGUGCCAGCAGAUCUAACCGUUGGCCAAUUUGUGUACGUGGUUCGCAAAAGAAUCAAGCUUGGAGCCGAGAAAGCCAUCUUUGUCUUUGUCAAGAACACAUUGCCUCCAACUGCUGCAUUGAUGUCUGCAAUCUAUGAAGAACACAAGGAUGAAGACGGGUUCCUCUACAUGACUUACAGCGGAGAGAACACUUUUGGAUCUUUGAUCGCUGCUUGAAUAAAUAUAUCGAUCUUUCGAUUUCUUUAUGUACAUAGAUAAACCAGGAAGAUAAGAAGUACAUUCCUUCCUUCUCUCUGGCUUUUUCCUUUGCUUUGAUGUUUGAAUCUUUGCCUUUUGGGGUUUAAUAUUCAGAAACCUUUCCUCUAUAUUUUACCUUCUUCUUUUGCUUUUGAAAUUGGGAUUUGAAAAUUUACUCAAAUACAUUGUUCUUGGGGAUAAUGAGUCAGUUCAAUAUCAAAGUAAUCGAUGUUGGGAAACUUGUU